GACAUGCCUCCCUCCGCCUGGCUCUUUAUAGCCCCCGAGGAGGCCGGAGUCCCCGGACGAUUGGUACGGACAUCGCUGACCGCAACCGCAAGCGAGAAGAAAGUUUCCCCCCUUCACACACCAUCUCAUGACUGUUUCAGAGGGACAGACGGCCGGAGGACUGAGCCAGAGGCUGCCAGCCAGAGCAAGGCGGAGUAACCCGGUGACAAGGAGCAGUGGACAGCGACUGAGAGAGCACAAGCUGGCUGCACAGCCUGAAUGGUUCCAGUUACCUUGAACUGCUGCUGCCUCACCUGUUCACAGGCCUGAUUUUUUUUGGACCACUUAUUGAACCCUGUGGACACACGUCCUCCCCCUGCACAGCUGAGGACAUGUGUCGCCUGCCCUUGGCUUCGGUCCUGGUGCUCCUCUGCUUGGCAGAGAGGAGCCACUGUACCGGCAGCUUCCAGGACAGCAUGAGGGAGCUUCACGGCAGGUUUGCCGUCAGCCUCUACCAGACGCUCACCGGGACGGAGAACAGCUCCAACCUGAUCGUGUCUCCGGCGAGCGUUUCCCUGUCCCUGGCCCUGCUGCAGCUCGGCGCCAGGGGCAACACCCGGGCUCAGCUGGAAGCAACGCUGGGAUACAACGUGAAUGAUGCUCAGGUGCGAGACUUCCUGUUGCACUCCCAGGGCGACCUGAGCAACAGCAGCCAGGGGACGUGGCUGCAGCAGACCUGCACGCUGUUCAUCCAGAGCGGAGUCCAGCUCCUGGCCGAGUUCACGCAGCAGGCUGCGGCCUGGGCCAACGCCAGCGUGCUGCGAGCCAACCUCAGCCAACCCCAUCACGCUCGCAGCCGUUCGGAGCCAGCAGGAAACAGCCACGAUGAGUGGUGGCCUCUCCAGUCUGGGAGCAGCAGCGGGGAGCUGUCGGGCUCCGGCGAGGCCCAGGCAGAAGCCCUUUGGUGGGGGCGACGGCCGCAGGUGGCUCUGGUCAACACGGUGGCGUUCAGCGGCGUCUGGCAGAAACAGUUCAUGUCCAGCAGCACCCAGAACCUGCCCUUCAUCCUGUCUGACGGGAGCACCAUCAAGGUCCCCAUGAUGCAUCAGGCCGCAGAGGUCCGCUUUGGUCAGUUCAGGACGGCCUCGGACCAGCGCUACACCGUGCUGGAGCUGCCCUACCUGGGCCGCUCCCUGAGCCUGCAGGUGGUCCUGCCCAGCGAGAGGAAGAGCCCGCUGUCCCUCCUGGAGUCCCAGCUCACCUCUCGUCAGCUGGCCUCCUGGGACUCCGGCCUGCGCAGGACCAAGAUGGACAUCUUCCUGCCCAGAUUCAGUAUGCAGAACAAGUUCAGCCUGAGGUCGGCGCUCCCUGCUCUGGGCAUCAGUGACGCCUUCAACCCGACGGCAGCAGACUUCACGGGGAUUUCAGUGGAGGAGGGUCUUUAUGUGUCCGAUGCCUCUCAUGAAGUCAGAAUUGAAGUUACAGAGGAUGGGACGAAGGCGGCCGCUGCAACAGCUAUGGUGCUACUCAAACGGUCCCGUGCUCCUGUCUUCAAGGCGGACCGGCCAUUCUUAUUUCUGCUUCGCCAGGUUCACACAGGCUCCAUCCUGUUUAUGGGCAGAAUGAUGAACCCUGCAGAGCGAGCGAUAUGACGCGCUUCCACCCCGCAGCCGUCCGUACCGACCGUUUUCACCAGCAGUAUUUAUUUAUGGACCAAACGGAAGAUACACUUCAGCAAGAGAGAUGUUAUUUUUGUAAAUACCUGUAAAUAAAAUUUUAAUAUCUUUUUACACUG